AUGGAUAAUAAAGAAAAUGUAUCCAAAAGGGUUUGGAAAGAAGUUAUUGAUCCUUCCUCUCGCUCAGUUUAUUACUGGAACGUUUCUACAGGUGAUACAUCCUGGGUGAAUCCAUCCAAUGAUGAAUCCCAAAAUGAUUUUAGUUCCUUUGAGGAAAGGGUUUCUCACGAUACCAAGGUCAUUAUUGACAAGCUAGUUCACAAAGUUGAAAGGAUAAAGUUUUUCUUUGACGAGAUUAACUUGAUAAGUGAUGUUUGCGACUAUAUUAAGUCAGAGGAUAUAAAUUCUUUUAAAGAUAAUAUAGAACAGUGUUUGAGUGAUUUAAACACUAUAAUGGAUGUGGUAACUCCAAGGACUAAAACACACAAGAGGUAUUCCGAGCUGAGGAAAGUUUUGACUGACCACAGGAACUACCUUAAGAACAACAACAAUAUUUCUGAUGAACUGAUUGAUAUUGUCAACGAGGCUAGAGAUGAGAUUGAUCGGGGGUUGGAAAAUAUUAAGAUGUUUCCUGCUUCCAACGAUGUGCUUCUCGACGAUUUCAAAGUUUAUAUGGAGAAGAGAAAACUGGAUACCCAAAUCGACAUGUCCCUUACAUCUGUUGAAGUUUUGGAACAAAUUGAAAAUUUAGAACACUCUACUAAACAUGAAUCUACUCAUUCUCACCAGUCUGAUUCAAUGUUACCAAAAACUGUCGAUAAGAAUAAGGGUAGCCUCUUGAAAUCAAUCCAUGAAAGGUGGAGCAAAGCUUCUGAGGUGAUAGAUAAUUCUGAUGAUUCUAAGGAUUCAAAGAUUCAGAAAGUUUUUAAAUUUCCCAACACUGAGAAGGAUAAUCCCAAUUUGGUUCCCAUUACUAAACCUUGGUAUAAGAACUAA